UAGUGCAGAGACCACCUUGAGAAGAGGAUGAUCACAUACAGAGCUCUGAUUCUGGGGGCCCUCACCCUGGGUACGGUGAUGAGCCUCUGUGUUGGUGAAGAAAUUGAAGCUGACCACGUUGCCUCCUACGGCACAAAUGUCUACCAGACUUAUGGUUCCACUGGCCAGUACACCCAUGAAUUUGAUGGAGAUGAGGAGUUCUUUGUGGAUCUGGAGAAGAAGGAGACUGUCUGGCAGUUGCCUAUGUUUAGCCAAUUUAGAAGAUUUGACCCACAGGGUGCACUGAGGAACAUCGCUACAGCAAAAUACAACUUGGACAUCAUGAUUAAACGUUCCAACUCUACUGCUGCUGCCAAUAAGGUUCCUGGGGUGACUGUGUUCCCCAAGUCUCCUGUGACACUGACUCAGCCCAACACCCUCAUAUGUCUUGUGGACAACAUCUUCCCUCCGGUUAUCAACAUCACAUGGUUGGUCAAUGGACAUUCAGUCACGGAGGGUGUAUCUGAGACCAGCUUCCUCCCCAGGAGUGAUCAUGCCUUCUUCAAGACAAGUUACCUCACCUUCCUCCCUUCUGACAAUGAUGUUUAUGACUGCAAGGUGGAGCACUGGGGCCUGGAGGAGCCACUCCUGAAACACUGGGAACCUGAGAUUCCAGCCCCUAUGUCGGAGCUGACAGAGAAUGUGGUCUGCGCCCUGGGGUUGACUGUGGGCCUUGUGGGCAUCGUGGUAGGAACCACUUUCAUUAUCCAAGGCCUGCGCUCAGGUGAUACCUCCAGACACCAAGGGCCCUUGUGAGACCCACCCUGGAAAGAAAGGUUCACCGCCCAUCUACAAGAGCAGCAGAGAGGACAUGCUAGGUGACCAAGCACUAUUUUCUGGCCCACUUCGUCAUAUUCAUUCUUUCCUCCAAUGGCCCUCCUCUUACUUCUUCCCUGGGUCUUAAGAUGCUGUAUCCCAGCAGAAUGCACCUACCCACUGUCUGAUUUUUUAAACUCAAUUAUUAACUACUAUGGAUUCCUUGGAUAUUCCACCCAUAUACCUAAUUCCUCAGUGACCCUGAAAAAUAACUCCAUGAAAGUAAUAAACUCAUCUUUUAUAAGGUUUUUAUGGAAAAUUUUCCUCUUUCAUCUCACAGCUGACUAGGACCAUGGCCCCUUAUGUUUCAAGCCCAUUUAAUCUCACUUCCCAGCUCAUUUUUCAUGACCAGCCGCACAGGAAUUAUUUAGUGUAGACUGAUAAUAUUUAGAUACCUUUGCUGAGGCUAGUAUUUCUCUUUUCCCUGUGUUUCCACCCUGUUCCACUGUUUCCAUAACCCUUAUUCAAGGCAUCAGGCAAGGUAAUAUAUAUCCUCUGUUUUUAGUGCAUAUUUGUUAGAACAAAUAUAAAAAGUGAAGAAGUUAAUUUGUACUCAUUUUAAUAAAACAUUAAAAAGUUAUGACAAAGAAGUAUUAGAAGAAAGGAAUCUUGAAUCUCAAAAGUACCAAAAAUCAAAAUUGAUUUACUCUUUUUAUUUCUUCUCCCCUCCUUGCCCUUUAGGAGAUAAGAAUGCUCUAGACAGGAAAAGAAAUGAGAUUCAUUUAGGAGAGCAUUAGAAUAAUGCAAUAAUGUAGUGGUAUCUGCAAAGUACCAACUAUUUUACCCUUCCUUAACAUUAGUAGAAAAAAGACACAUAUCUAAAGUCACUUAAAAACACAUAUGUAGGCCCUCCCUGGUGCACAAUGGGUAAAAGCACAGCACUAGGAAGCUAAAAGCCACUUCAG